GGCAAUGUAUAGCAAUAUGACAGACGAGUCAGAUGACGGUCUGGCGCUCACCAUUCCCGUGGAGGAGCUGCGGCAGCUGAUGGAACUCCGCAAACAGGACCUGGCCAACCAUAUCAAGACCAAGUACACAGAUGUCAUAGGCUUGUGUCAGAAGCUACGAACGUCGCCGACGCACGGUAUCAGCGGCACCCAUGGCAUGACGGCCGACCUGCAGCGGCGGGAACAGAAAUACGGCAGGAAUGAAAUCCCUCCCAAGCCGCCCAAGUCGUUCCUACGCCUGAUGUGGGAGGCGGUCCAAGACGCCACCCUCAUCAUGCUCAUCAUAGCUGCUUUCAUCUCCUUAGGGCUUUCCUUCUUACCGGCGCAAGAGUCGGCCAGCCACGACCCAGGCGAAACCGACGCCCAGUGGAUUGAGGGCGUGGCCAUCCUGAUUGCCGUCUUAGUGGUCAUCCUGGUGACGGCCUUCAACGAUUGGUCCAAAGAGCGGCAGUUCCGGGGUCUGCAGAACAAGAUUGAGUCGGAGCACAAGAUCACCGUCAUACGAGCCGGCGACCCCAUCUUAGUUAAAGUUACAGAAAUAGUUGUGGGAGAUAUUUGCAUGAUUAGAUACGGUGACCUUUUACCAGCUGAUGGUAUUAUCAUUCAAAGUAACGACCUUAAGGUAGACGAGAGCUCCUUAACAGGAGAGUCGGACGCUAUCAAGAAGAGCGUGGAGAGGGACCCAGCGCUUCUCUCAGGCACUCAUGUCUUGGAAGGCAGCGGCAAGAUGGUGGUCACAGCGGUCGGGAUGAACUCCCAGACGGGGCAGAUCUUCGCCUUGCUCAUCGAUGUCAAAGGUCAAAAGCCGACGGAGGCAGAGGAUGGUGUCGCAGAGAGAGGCGUUGUCAAGGUGCCAGCUGACGGCAACAACAUUGACGACUCCGGAGCCGCGAACAGCCGCACAGCUAACCCAGAGAGGGAAGCUAUGCUGCAGGAGCGAGAGGAGUCCAGCAUGAUGGAGGGCAAGUCAGUGCUGCAAGGAAAGCUGACUAAACUGGCCAUCCAGAUUGGUUAUGCAGGUUGUUCCAUAGCUGUGCUGACCACGCUGGUCUUGAUCAUCCGGUUCUGCAUUACGACCUACGGCAUCGACAAGAAGAGCUGGGAGACGGGCCACCUGAGGGAGUUUGUGGAUUUCUUCAUCAUCGGUGUGACGGUGUUGGUGGUGGCCGUUCCAGAGGGGCUGCCUCUAGCGGUGACCAUCUCGCUGGCCUACUCAGUCAAGAAAAUGCUGCACGACAACAACCUGGUGCGGCACCUGGACGCCUGCGAGACCAUGGGCAACGCCACGGUCAUCUGCUCAGACAAGACGGGCACGCUGACCACCAACCGCAUGACGGUGGUGCAGGCCUACAUCGGCACGAAGAACUUCAUGACUGUGCCCAGCUACGACGAGCUGCAGGAGGACCUGCUGCACCUUCUGGUGGAAGGGAUCUCGGUCAACAGCAGCUACGCAUCGCGAUUGUUGCCCCCAGAGAGGGAGGGGCCAGGCGAGCUGGCCCGGCAGGUGGGCAACAAGACGGAGUGCGCCCUCUUGGGCCUGGUCGCGGAACUCUCCCAGGAGUACCAGACCAUCCGGGACCGCUGGCCCGUGGAGAAGUACGUCCACGUCUACACCUUCAACUCCACCCGCAAGUCCAUGAGCACCGUCAUACCGCUGGACGGGGGCGGGUACCGGCUGUACUCCAAGGGCGCCAGUGAAAUCAUCCUCAAGAAGUGCACCAGAAUCCUGGAUACCGGCAGCAAGCUCCAGCCGUUCAGCGUCGCCGAACGGGAGAAGACUAUCAACGAAGUGAUUGAGCCCAUGGCGUCCAACGGCUUGCGGACCUUAGCCCUGGCGUACCGGGACUUCCCCGCUGGUGAGGAUGUGGACUGGGAGCAGGAGGCCAGCGUGGUGACCAACCUCAACUGUAUCGCCAUCGUGGGGAUCGAGGAUCCUGUCCGGCCAGAGGUACCCCCAGCCAUCACCCAGUGCCAGAAGGCAGGCAUCACGGUGCGCAUGGUGACCGGCGACAACGUGAACACUGCCCGCUCCAUCGCCACUAAGUGCGGCAUCCUCUUGCCGAAUGAGAACUUCUUGGUAAUGGAAGGCAAGGAGUUCAAUCGGAAGAUCAGGGAUCGAUUCGGCAAGGUCCAGCAGCGUCUACUGGACAAGAUCUGGCCCAACCUGAGAGUGCUGGCCCGCUCCUCGCCGACGGACAAGCACACACUGGUCAAGGGCAUCAUCGACAGCAAACUGACCAGCCAUCGGGAAGUGGUGGCCGUCACCGGCGACGGGACCAACGACGCCCCGGCGUUGAAGAAAGCCGACGUGGGCUUUGCCAUGGGAAUUGCCGGUACGGACGUGGCCAAGGAGGCCUCUGACAUCAUCCUGACCGACGACAACUUCCGCAGUAUCGUCAAGGCCGUCAUGUGGGGGCGCAACGUCUACGACAGCAUCUCCAAGUUCUUACAGUUCCAGUUGACUGUCAAUCUGGUGGCCGUGAUAGUGGCCUUCACCGGAGCUUGCAUAAUCAACGACAGUCCGCUACGAGCCAUCCAGAUGCUGUGGGUCAACCUCAUCAUGGACUCCUUUGCCUCCCUGGCGCUGGCCACGGAGCUGCCCACCCCGGCCCUGCUCUGCCGGAAACCCUACGGCCGUACCAAGGCCCUCAUCUCCAAAGUCAUGAUAAAAUCCAUCGUAGGCCACACCAUUUACCAGCUCAUUGUAAUAUUUGUCAUUCUCUUUGCUGGCCCGUCGUUAUUUAACAUAGAGGACGGCAAGUCCGGCGGCCCCACGGGAGCCCCCACGGUCCACUUCACCCUGAUCUUCAACACUUUUGUCCUGAUGCAAAUCUUCAAUGAAAUCAACGCCCGCAAGGUGCACGGCGAGCGCUUUGUCUUUUCCGGAAUCCACACCAACCCGGUGUUCCUCGUCAUUAUCAUUGGCACGCUAGUAGUCCAGGUCUUGCUGGUGCAAUUUGGUGAUGUCAUCUUCAGCACCAAGGGCCUGACCUUGGACGAGUGGCUCUGGUGCCUCCUCUUCGGCAUCGGCUCCCUAGUCUGGCACCAGGUCAUCCUGACCUUCCCCACCCACUGGAUGCCCAACCUGGCCUACGGCCGGGGCGGCACGGCCGAGCAGCUGCCCAGCGUGACGGAGAUGGACGACGUGGACCGCGGCGACUCGCGGGUUGAGCUCAAGAGGGCGCAGAUUCUCUGGAUGCGGGGGCUGACCCGACUUCAACAACAGAUUCGAGUUGUCCAUGCCUUCCAGUCAGGGGUGAAUCACCGCAUCGAGCGCAAGAGCCUGAGCAACUCAGUCCACGAGUUUAUGGCCCCGCCCAUGGACGAGUACGACAUUGAGCACACCAAGAAGGACGAGGACAGCGCCCCCACGGUAUCGUUCCACAGCGUAGAAACCACGUUGUAGACGUAACGCAAUGGAGCGACGGGCAACUCGGCAUUCUGGAAAAAGACACAAAACGACCUCUGGCAACUGGUGCACGACCUGCGGCACCAGAACGUGACCUCUAAAGCUUGCAUCUGAAGAUUGACUUGUAAAACGACCCGGAUAUGACCUCGAGUGCUUUGCGAAAAAGCGUGACUUUGGGGAAAACGACCUCUGGCAUGGGUUAAUGACAUGUGACAUGACCUCUGAUGCAGGUUGUGACAUUGGAAUGACCUCUGUCAAGAAACACCAUCCGAACAUGCGAGAUGACCUUUGAUCUGGGAAGGUCAGAGGUCACAUCAAAAUACACAGAGCAGCUUGGGCGUGCAGUUAGUCGUUUCUACCUGGACCAGAAAACAUUUCUUUAGUAAGAUUGACACAAAAGGAGAAGUUUGAUGAUGAAAAUUGUAUAAUGAAUGAAGCCGCAAUAUGAGUAAUUGUAAAAUAUCUGUGGUUAUAAGGUGUGUACAUGUAGGGCUUUGCUUGACGUAAAGAUUGGAGUUUGCAGUGAUCAGAAGUUUAGAACGUCUUGGAAUAAUUGUGCACGCGUUAGGGAUUUGCAAAGGGCAAGAGGACUGGUUCUAGGUUUGCAAAUUUUGUAAAUAUAUUCUUACGACUACUGUGCUGCCAUGUCCAAGAGUGCGGAUGGUAGCCGAGGGUGUUAGUCUGGUGCCUGUAGCAUUGUACAUAGCAGGACGCUGUCUUUCAGUCUUGGAUGCAAACAAAAACGCUAAACAGAGGACAAACUUAUCACAUUGAAAGAAACAAAUCACGAUGUGGCCAUGUCAGUAUCGGAAAACCGUUUUUAAAAUCUUAAUGAUAAAUAUCGUGUUAGUCUGGCGAACUGCUUUCCUUUUUCUUCUACAGGUGUUCAUUAGUAAUCUUCAUGGAACAAUUGUAGUCUAGGUAACUUUUUUCUCGUGGCCGUAGUGGAAUCGGCUUUAGUGUAAUGCUGUGAAGAAAUUUUAGCACAAAAAGUUGACUGUAAAAAUUGUGGGAAACACCGCUAUCGCCUUUUUGUUUGGGUCGAUAUCUUGAUGCGUAGUAAUACUAGGUUUCAUGCUACAGAUUACAUCCCAUGAUCCCUCAGUAUUUAAAUUGUUUUCUUUUAUAUGGGUAGCUUUGACAAAAAAGAAAAGAAUAGACUCUGCCUAACACUAGUGUUACAUACCUUGUUGCAUGCUUUUAAAUUUCUUUAAACCCUGCCGAUGCAGUUACGUUUUUAUUGUUUUUCGGCCAUAAAAAAUAAAUAAUUGCUUAGAUUGUAAAAUGUCAUCAGGAUGAAGUGUAUUUAUAAAUAUUUCCAGGUGCUGUUAGAUUAUUUGCCCAAUACUAGUGAUCAUGAUUGAGAUAGAAAGAAAAAAAAGAAGUCAAAAUUUGCUGUAAAAUAAAAUAAAAAGAGAAUCAUGUAGACUUAGUCAGAAAGUUGGGCACACGAUAGGCUAGGUUUGUAAUAUCACUUAAUUACUUGCAAAAAUGGUAUUUGCCAUGAAACUUCUUUGCACAAACUUUUGCUUUUUUAUAUACAAGUAUAAAUAGUUUUAUUUUAUCCUAAGUAUGUGAGUGGGGUUUGGAGGAUUUUUUGUUGUGGUUGUGGGGUGGGGUGGGGUGGGGUGUUAGUUUCUUGUUUUUGUGCGGAGAAUUCACUCGACAUUGUACAUAACAUUUCAUUCGUGUUGUGACACGACUGCAUUCCUGUAGGACUAUACCACUGCUUUUACUGCAGACAUUUUUGCGGUGUGGUUAAAAAAAAAAUUAGACGAAUCAAGUCAAGUCGUUUGUUAUUUAAAAAGCAGAAACCUACUUGUUAAAGUGUGAUAGUGUAACGGACCUCAAAUGGGGGAUGGGGGGGGGGCAUUUGUUUGAGAAUAGUUAACAAUAGAUGACCCUUUAACAGUUGGUGAGAAAUGAUUGUAAUAGUUGCAUAUUAGCCACAACAUAAGAAAAACCAGCCCAUGUCAUAUCUAAGCAGAGAUAUACACGCCAUAUCUGUUCAAGAUCGACAUACUUCUACACUGAUAAAUCUAGUGUGUCUUUGUGCCAGAUGGCAACUAGGUUAAUGUGGUAAUUAACAAUGCAGAAAUACAGUUUCCAAUGGAUUUUUUUUUUUAGAUUUGUUGAAUGUAGCACGUGAAAAUUCCCUAAACAAAUCAAGUUUAUUCAAAUAUUAAGUACCCUUCAAUGUGCAUUUUUCAGGGUAACACUAUAUAUCAGUUACUGUCAGGUGAUAUAAAAGAAUCCAUUUGAAUUGUGUGUUAUUAGCAAUUGUAAAGAAUGUACAGUUUUGCAAUUUGCAUUUUGGUAACAAAUACUGAAAACCAUAUUUUCGGUGUAGUGGGCUAUGUCUUUGGGUUGUGGGGCCAGUGCAGUAUUUCUGGUGUCUACUUUUCGAAUGCUGUCCGAUCCAUGCAGAGAAACCAUGUUGACAUGGAGCAAAAAAAAAAAGUGGUUGGACAUUUGUACACAAGCACAUAAGGCUUGGAGUGGACCCAGAUAUAGGGUGGCCCCUCAAAACGUCUGAACCCCUUCCAUUGCGUCUUGAUCAUUGCCAUCUGGGUACUACACCAAGAUGGCACCAGCGUGUAAAUAUUGCAGUGGGCUAACUACAGUUAGUCACAUGAGACGUGUUUGCAUAAUACACGCUCGUGACAUUUCAACUUAUCCGCAUUUUUCUAGUUGCGUCUUUUUUUUCUGCUCAAGAAAAUUUGUCGUUAAUAAUGUGCAAAUCUGUAACAUGUAACACAUUGUGCAUUAUAAGUGUGGAUCGACCUCUCGUGAGCAUUUUGUGAUCAGAAACUCAAACAAAAAUUCCCACAAAGCCCUUUUUCGAUUGUCUAACAAAAGUAGUCUGCCAACCAUAUCUUAGACAGUAAAUGCUGCUAUCAGCAAUUUUAAUCAAUUUUCAAGUUUACUAAUGUAAACUAACAUUUUGAGUAUGAUGUACAAAUUAAAAAGAAGAAAAACAAAACUACACGUGGUUUUGACUGUAACUAUUUAUACAACCAAUGUAUGGUUAUUACAAGUAGGUUUUUGUUUUCAGUGAUUAUUGGAAAUAGCGUUUAGUGUGGAGAACAUUUUCAAUUGUAUGUACAUAUUAUUGAAAAGGGUUGCCAUGGCGGCCUACAUAUCUUCCUGGCAUUUGCCGGUUGUUUUAGGGUUUGUUUCAAUUUUGAACAUUGAUGGAGAAAAAAAAAGACGCUUGUACUAUUAUAAAUAUAAAUAUAUAAAUAUUAAACGACGGCGCUUUUUGAGCUUGUACGCAACACAGUGUUUUCCCCUUAUACUAACGGUUAUCACACUGCUGUGUGAAUUGAAUUUUCUGAUAGUAGGAUUGAAAUGAAAUUAUUAAUCUUUAGUUUCUAAAAUUGAUUCAAGAAAAUAUGCAUAGUGCGGAUUUCGGGAGAGCGCCUUUCUUUGAAUUUCGUUUUCAGCGUUUUUGUGGUCUUUUAAUUUGCGUCGUUUUUUUUGGUUAUAUUCAGCAUUGUUCACAAACCAUCGUGCAUGUAGAGUAUGGAAUAGCCGGUUGCACACAAGCAUCUAUGAUAUUCACGCAGAUUCUGCGAUUAAUUGCGCAAAAGGAGGCUCCAUCUUGACCGCCAGAUUCUGACCAUUCAGCGGGCGCCUUCUAUUGGGUCUUCCGUAACCCGCUGUUGGAUUACAAAAAGACAUGGCAGCCAAAUUGACCAAUUAACAGCUUAGUCCACAUUUCUGAUCGAAAUGACGUCACAAUUUCUAAAGUCGACUCCGAUUGGCUGGCGCGCGGUCGCAUAAAAUUUGCAUGUUAGGAUAUAUAUCAGAUAUUUGUUGUGUGGCUGUGCACACCUGAAUGUCUGAUCCCCUGACUACGCGCAUGCUGCUGGUGUUAAAUAUCAACAUCACGAGGUGGAACAUUGUUAAGACCAAAUCUACCAGUCUGUGCUAAUGCGACAACCUAACAAAUGCCUCGGACAAGUUGUUAACAAAUUUAUCAGCAGUUUACUUCGUUGAUGGCAUGGUUUGACACUAAUGCUUGAAAAACAAUUUUUGUCGCAAUAUUUUUUUUUUUACGAUGCUUCACUUUUUGUUUGCCAAAAACCCCCGGCUUUGAAUUUGGCCCCAUGCCUUUUUGGUUGCGAUUUAAUGAACACACAGUCCUUGUCAAUUUGUAUGAUGAUGCAUGUGGCAUAAUACUGCAUGGGGCAUCGUACUGAUGCAUAUUCAUGACUGAUUUAAAACAUUCAUUUGAAUAUUCACGAGAUGAAUGAUACUCAUGACUCGGCUCAUAAUCUACCUCUGGAACCGUUAGGGUUCCACACACACAUAAAAAACAAUCCCUGUUAUCCCUUUUUCCCCCCGCUUGCAAAAUGCAGUAAGCGCUCACAAUUUUUGCUCUAAACUGUAGGUAGAUUUGAAAUGUAUAAAUUUUCGACAUGUUGGAGUUGGCGGAUUUAGUCGUGGCAGAUGUAAAAAAUAAAUGAAUUACAUUCAACUUUCAGAUGCAAUUGAUGUGUUGUUUCUAGUGUAGUAUAGUGUACUUGGGUUUCGUUUUUAGUGUGAUGCAGAUCUGAAGGGAAAAAAAUGAAUUCAGCAAUCGCAUCUGUGAAUAAAAAUCUAGGCCUCUUGCACAGAAAAGUUGGUUGCUAUUUAGUUGAUUUAGUUUUCGUUUUUUAUUUCUCAUUUUGCUGUUGUAUUUUUUAUUCCUUCGGUGGUUCACGUAUCCUACAUACGAGGUGUAUUUAUUUGUAUCGUGUAUAUGUUUGAUUAUCCUUUGUUAUUUUUCUAUGAUUAUUUUGUAAUUUCUAUACAUAGCCAAAGUUAUAUCCUUAGUGUGAUUUACAAGUUUAUUGCAAUUAAAAAGACAAAAGCCCGAAACUUAGAUUUUACUUUGUAGUAAAUUUUUUUGAAAUCCGAUGUUUAAAAUGAAUACAAGUUGCAGUUGUUUAAAAAGGAU